AUGAUUUUCAUGCAGCCCGAGCAAGACAUGAGCCGCUCAUCUGUGAUCUACGAGAGCGACACCGGAAGUGAAGAUCGAUUGGGACAGUCUAAUAAAUUCAAAAUUCAAGCGAGUUUCGAAAUUGCGCGCCCGCCUCCGAAGUUUUUUCUUCGACUCGGGCCGAAACUUCUACUACAGAUCCAACAGGUCGCGCAAAAUCACAGACCAGUUCCAGUCCUUGAGAUCUGGCAGCCGCCAUUCUGCAAAUCAAAUCUGACGCGUGAGUUUCAUCAUGCAGUCAAAUUGAGGUCCGGUGAUGUCUAUGUAACUCUUGGCGAGUCUUACAUUACCAGCUCGACUCAACAGAAGGAUGUUUCAAAUCUAGAACAACCGUCAGAUAAUGCCACUGCUCAUGGAGACAUCAUUGCGGCUAUUUGUCACGACGAGGAAGAAUCACACAUUCACUUCCGGAAUGCGCGGUGUAGCUGGCGGGCCAGCACCCAGAUGACGGGACAUGACCAAUCCAUUAUUUCUUACAGGUUCACCAUGAGCAGCCGGGACGGAGAUCUCCCGGACCAAGGGCGGAUGGUUCUGCAGUGGGAGAAAAGGAGGAAAGAGCAUGUCCCAGCCGGAUCGGUGGAUGCAGAUCAGUUUGUGUUUCUAUUGAUUGAUCGCCAGGUGAAGAAAAAGAGUCGUAUUGCAACCAUGACCACAGAUGGCUUCAAGGUCGUUGUUCGCAAGAGCUCUAUUCUAGAUGGAUUGAAGGCUUGCUUUGAUUUGAUGGAGCCUAUUGGUCCCGAGGACAGGCAUUCGAGCCGAAAUCUAGAGACAUGGUUAUACACUUUGACUCUAACGCUCGGUGUUUUGGUUAGGCAUAAGGAGGGGUGGUUGAAUUAG